CGAGGAGCUCGUGUCGAAGACAAAGACGAGGGGAUUCGCCGCGCGCGAAAGGGGGGGAAGGGACGAAAGGAGCGAGAAGAGGCGCGAGGGAGAGUCCGGAGACUCUCACCGAGUGGGAGAGGUGCGGUUGAGCCCGAGGGGAAGUGAAAAAGCGAGAGGGAGAUAAGGAGAUAAGGAAGAUGGGCGAGAGCUCGCCGGAUCUCAGCCUCCGGCUACGCCAGGGCAGCUCCGACUCCAGAGACUCCUUCUACAUGGACUUCGCACAGGGUAUCGAUUCCGAUAUCGAGGAAGUGACGCGGCCCGGCGACAAUAAUUCCGAUCCCAUGCUGGAGAAUCAUCUGGAGGAGAACGGGAACGACUUGCCGCCAAUCGAGGACAUUACGACGAUCCCCGAGGAGGCCUCGGAAGAAUUAAGGGAGGAAGAGGAGGCGGCCGCGUUGGAAGCCGCGCUUCGAACGCCAGACGGUGGCACGAUUAGCACGGAAAUCGACAAACCGUCGACCGCAACGAUCAUGCAGGAAUACAAGAUGAAUAAUAGACACGGUCUAUACAGUUGGCCAGGACUGCCGGUCGCGCUACCGUCACCAGCCUCACCAUCCGCGGUAAUCGUCUCACCGGAAACGCUGUCUAGACAUAGCAGCAGCUCACCUUCUCGCGUUCACCGGCCACCCCAGUUUGCAUUGGCCCUACCAUGCUCUUCGCAGCCGAUUCCGGCGGUCUGCUAUCCGCCGACCUUCCUCGAGGUCACCGACGAGCGGAAGUGGAAGAACCUUGGAUGCGACGCCCUGGCGACCACUUUGAGCGCGCUGUACGGGAAACUUCUGGUUGUGAUGGGGAUCGCCUUUCCCAUGGCGGAAGUAAUAUCCACGUAUAUACCGCCGUCUUUCUACGAGGCAUUCUACCUCUACCUCUACUUCGGCAGCAUGAUCUUCCUCGUGUACAUGUACGCCAUGCUGUUCAGGGACAGCAAGACGAAACCAAAGAAGCAGAAGGACGUGUGCGAUCUGGACUCGUCGAGAUCGUCGAGCGGCGCCGGCGGCGACAGCGAUGCGCCUGAGACCGGAUGCCCGCACGUGAAUCCGGUACGUCAUGUUCAGCACUACGGUAGCUUCUAUCUGCGAAUGGGCGCCGUCGCGUUCGGCAUCGGCUCGAUGAUCUACUCCGGUUUGGAAUUCGGCCAGUACUUCGAGCUGGAACAGAACACCAAGUGCCACAACAUCAUGCUGGCCCUCACGCCCGCCACGAGAAUGGCCUUCAUCUUCAUCCAAAUGUACUUCAUAUUCCUGAACAACGAGGAUAUGUACUUGAAGCAAAUGAAGGUUUAUCGUCAUCGCGUUGUUGCACGUUUCGGACUAAUGCACAUGAUCGGCACGAAUCUGUCAGUUUGGCUGAACGUUCUCGUGCAAGAAACGAAACACGAGAUCCUUACGUUCUACAAUCCGGAGAACAACUCCCUCAGAAUCUCCCACAGACUAGGCUCGAAAGGAGCUCAUCUCGGUGGUCACAUCCAUUCUCAUCACGGGGAACACGUGCGACUGCCACGCGGUCUCAAAGGACCCCAUCACAUGUUCGAGUGCAGAAGGACGAAUAUAAUGGGAUCGCUGGUACAAGAUGCCAGUCCCUUCCUCUUUCCGUGCACGAUAGAAUAUAGCUUGAUCUGCGCAGCUAUUUUAUACGUAAUGUGGAAAAACAUAUCGAAAGUCGGAUUCACGCAGCCUGCAACGCCGCCGGGCUCGCGUCACCACGCACACGCCUAUAGGAAAUCGCCUCAUCAUUACAGCGUGGAUUGCGCCCGCGCGCACAAGGGCCUCUUCGUGGGCAUUUUGAUUCUAGUGCUGACGAUAAUCUCCCUCAUCCUCUUCUUCGUCCUGAUUUCGCGGCCCGAGUUGGUCAGCCUCGCCGUGACCGAGGUGAACAUCUGCGAGCUGACGCUCUAUGGCAUGUCGACCCUGGCGACGCUGAUCGGCAUGUUCCAGAUGCGCAAGCUGCGCUACGACGGCGGCAGAAAUCUGGAGCUCGACAAUAUCCUCCUAGUGGCUGCUCAGACUGGCAUGUUCAUCUACUCCACGUUCACCAUCAUCGGCGGCCACUUCACCCUGCAGAAGCACACGGUCCUCGUGCUGGUCACCGCCCUGGCCAGCGUCGUCCAGACCACCUGCCAGACCAUUUUCAUUCUAGACGCGUCGAGACGCACGGUCGCCACUGCCGAGCAGAUACGCAGGAAGCCGGGCAGGGAGAUCGUGACGUUUCUGCUGGUGACGAAUCUGGCCAUGUGGGCGAUCAACACGCUAGAGAAGUCACGGGCGGAGUCGCAUCCGGUGCAGUUGCAUUUCUACGGCCUGUGGGCGUGGACGAUCAUCACCCACGUCUCGAUGCCGCUGGCGAUCUUCUACAGGUUCCACAGCACCGUCUGCCUGUGCGAGGUGUGGAAGCGGGCCUACAAGGUGAAGCCGACCUACAUGUGACGCAAGGGGUCCCGCGAGGUCAUAUGGAAGACCGGUGGGGUUCCGCAGCGGCCCAAGAGCCAACUGUCGAGGCUCGACGUCAUCGCGGAGAACGAUCCGGCGUAUUUCAUAUGAUCAAAAAAGACAUCGAGCCGCGAAAACGGUUUUAAAGGGGAAAAAUCUGUCGGGCGACGUAAUAAGAAGUAGACGAUAUCUUUAGACGGGCAGACCUUUUCUAGACGUCCGAACAUGAUUAACGUAUUAAUACGUACAUGACAGUUCAUACGCACGUAAUUUAUAUCGAUUUCAGGGUAUAUUUCGAACAACUAAUCUAUAUAAUAAAUAGAUUCGGGGUCUCGACAAAGACGUCUCGACAUUACAUACGUAACUUGAUCACAUUUAGAAAAGAAAACGUUGGCAGAAAGGUACUCAUAAAGGCUAAUUGUCCCCAUAAACAGUAAAUUACUUCGUCAUUUAUCGACGAUCAGUGUUCUAGCUGUAACAAAUUUAUAAAUGUUGGCGACCCCAUAGAGUUUACACAACGCCAUUGUGUAAGUCUAAUAUCACUUUCUAAAACGGAUCACCAUCUCGUCGAAAAAAUAUAUAACUAUAACUCGCGUCGAAAAAACAAUUUUAGCAAACCAAAGAAAACUCCAGAAAUGCGUAUUGAGAUCCUAUUGCUGAUAAGCCGAUUUAUCGAAGUACGAUAUUGUGUAUUGGGUCUCCCUACUCGACCACUUUUUAGAGAUUUCGACGUAAUCCUCUAAUCCGCCAUUGAUAUAUCUGUAAAUAGCCACUGAUAACGUCAUCGCGCUGUAAAACCAACACGAAGAGGGAAGAUUUGCAAACUACACACGAAUAAACUUAGCAAAAUCGCAGUAUUCACGCGAUGAAGGGACAUUACGUGUGCAUUGAUGUCUAUCGCUUGCCAUUAUCGCAGCCUUCGCCCUAAACGCGGUAAACCUACCGGAGCAAAAAUAACAGAACGAGAGAGAAGUGAAUUUCAUUCGAUAAAAGCGAAAGUUCCAUCGCGAUAACAACGCGUAUAAACGAUUCCACUGUUAUCUCGCAUCGAUUCCGCAACAUCGUGCGAAUCGAUGGGAGAUAAGAAAAGCAUUUAUCUGUUAUGUGAAAGAAUAUCUUGGGAAGUGAAACAAUCAAUUAUACUUCAGACGAUCUGACUGACUAGAUAUACGAACCUCCUCGAAAUGGAGUCCAUUGAUAAAUGUUUAAUCGAUACCUGUUACGUACCAUUCUAAACUUUUCUCUGGAUAGAUAUUCAAAUAAAACAAUUUUCUCGAUUCAAUCGACCAAACGAAACAAUCUAAUAUUGAGUCACGGAGAAACAUAAUUGAUCAUUAUCUUUGUUACAUGCUUGAAUUGACACUCGUUCAAAUAUUCGAAUAUGAUUCUGUAGGCGACAACAUGUCCAUUCGUUAGAAGUAGAAAGGGCUAGAUUUUUCUUAGAGAACCAAUCUGGUCGAAAUGUUCGGCAUAGAUCUUCGACCACAACGGGAACAAUAAAUCUUCUUCGUUCGAUAAA